AGCUGCUGGACCUCGAACUGAGAGACGGAGGAGAGCCGGAGUCUGAGAUCUUGCAGAGAUGCAGAGACGCCAUCAGAUAUAGUGUCAAGACCAGUCAUCCCCGUUUCUUCAAUCAGCUGUAUGCAGGGAUGGAGCCCUACUCUAUGGUGGCAAGCUUCAUUGCUGAAGCAGUCAAAACCAAUCUGUACACAUAUGAGGUGGCUCCAGUGUUUACCUUAAUGGAGGAUGCUGUGCUCAGGAAGAUGAUCAAGGUGAUUGGCUGGGAAGAAGGAGGUGAUGGAAUCUUUAACCCAGGUGGCUCAUUGUCCAACAUGUAUGCUGUGAACUUGGCCAGGUACCGCUACUGCCCAGAUUUUAAAGAGGUCGGCAUGUUUUCUGCUCCGCGACUGGUCAUAUUAACGUCCCAGGAGUGUCAUUACUCCAUUUCCAAAGGAGCAGCUUUAAUGGGGAUCGGCACGAAGAAUGUUUAUACUGUCCCAACUGAUGAGAGAGGAAGGAUGAUUCCCUCAGCCCUUGAGGAGAAAAUAAAGUUGGCAAAAAGUGAGGGUGCAGUUCCCUUCAUGGUAAACGCCACCGCAGGAACCACGGUGCUCGGAGCCUUCGAUCCCAUCGACGAAAUUGCUGACAUCUGUGAGAAGCACAACUUGUGGCUACAUGUGGAUGCAUGUUGGGGAGGAGCAGCUAUCAUGUCUAAGAAGCAUAAACACUUGUUAAAGGGCAUCCACAGAGUUGACUCUGUUGCUUGGAACCCUCACAAGAUGCUGAUGGCCUCUCUGCAGUGCUCUGCUUUCCUGGUCAGAGACAAAACGAGUCUCCUGCAGCGCUGCCACUCUGCACGGGCCUCCUAUCUCUUCCAGCAGGACAAGUUCUACGAUGUCAGCUACGAUACGGGGGACAAGUCAGUGCAGUGCAGCAGGAAGCCAGACGCCUUCAAGUUCUGGCUCAUGUGGAAGGCUUUGGGAAGCAGAGAGCUGGAGCAGAGGGUGGACAGAGCCCUCGCCAUGGCAAGGUAUCUUGCAGAGGAGAUCAAGAAAAGAGAAGGAUUCCGUCUUGUGCUGGAACCUGAAUAUGCAAACGUUUGCUUCUGGUACCUUCCGCCAAGCCUGAGGAACCUUCCUGAGAGUCCUGAGCUCUGGAAGAAGCUCCACACUGUGGCCCCAGUGGUGAAACAGCGAAUGAUGAAGACAGGCAGCAUGAUGACAAGCUACCAGCCUCUUGGAGAAAAAGCCAACUUCUUCAGGAUGGUUGUGAUCAGUCCUCAGGUCAGCAGGCAGGACCUGGACUUUGUCCUGGAUGAGAUCCACAAUCUGGGAAAGGACUUGUGA